GCUGUCACUUGUCAGCGGUGCCGUCGUGCGUUUGACAGAUUGGCCUCCACUUCUCGACUUCGUUUCCCUUUAAACGGCCGGAGUCAGGAGCCUCCGUACGACGCUUUCCCGCGUGACUCCAGGUCAGGUCGGGUCAGGGCCGACGCGACGCGACGCGGUUUCCACGACGGAUUAUGCGUUAGCCCGUCGCUCGGCGGCAUCGUGACGGAUACCCCCGCGCCUGGCUGGAGCUCAAACCCCGUGCGCGAUUAAUGAUGCGGCCGUCCCGAAAGCAGAUGACAUGACGCCCGCGCGCACAGUGAUGAGGAACUGCGAUAUUAAUCGCCGCGUGCCGUUCAGCGAGAGCGAGAGAGAUGUUCGUCAGAGAUCCCUGUGGCAUCAUAUGCAUUAUCGUCACCUACAUGGCGGUGUUCUACGCCGACUACGUCGUGGUGCGAUGGAUCGUGCUGCACACGAUGCAAGACAGCUUAUGGUGCCCCUUCCAUAUAAUAGCGUUUAACACUGUCGUGCUUCUUCUGAUGAUGGCCCACUUGAAGGCCGUCUGCAGUGAUCCGGGCAUAGUGCCCCUGCCGCAAAACAGAUUGGACUUUUCCGACAUUCACGUCUCGACGGGGAGUGACGACCACGAGGGCGACGAGAAGGACGACUGGACGGUGUGCACCAGGUGCGAAACGUACAGACCGCCCAGGGCGCACCAUUGCAGAAUCUGUAAACGUUGCAUCAGAAGAAUGGAUCAUCACUGUCCGUGGAUCAAUAACUGCGUCGGCGAGAGGAAUCAAAAGUACUUCAUACAGUUUCUGGUGUACGUCGGUGCACUGGCUAUCUACGCUAUUAUUUUAGUCAUUACGUCCUGGAUCUACGACUGCCCGCAGUGCAAUAACGAUAUUGCAGUCAAACAAAAUCGCAUUUUACAUUGUGUGAUAUUAGUUUUGGAGUCGGCGUUGUUCGGCAUGUUCGUCAUAGCGAUUCUGGUUGAUCAGUUCCAAGCGAUCCUAGGCGACGAGACCGCCGUGGAGCGCGUGCAAGGUAUACAACAACGCUACCACAACAAGAAUACACCACGAACGUUCACGCUUCUAGCACAAGUAUGCGGCAAGAGCCAUCCGAUAUUUUGGCUGCUACCUUGCCACAAUCCGCCGCGUUACUCCUUCAGAAAGGACGCGUAUUUAAUCGAUCACGAGGUUUGAGGAAUCGUGUACGAAAACGAUCGAGUGUAUUAUGUAUCUGCACAUACAUAUGGUAUUUUUUUGUAUUAUUUUUUAUAUAACAGUAUAUAGAGUAAUUCAUUCCGUGGAUUAGUACCUUGAAACACGUCUUUGUAUGAAUUAUUGACAUAAUAUAGAUUUGAGACUUGUAGCUAUAACGUUUCUACGGCGUGGAAAUAAUAUAUAUAAUUAUACAUAAUAAACAUUCAUUUUUAUUAUAUAUUCAGACGAUUAAUAUAUAUUAUGAAUAUAUUGAUCAUGAUCGUUUAUACACCUGAAUAUGUAUUUCUUUCUAUAUUAAGACGAUUAAUAUAUAUUGCGAAAUAUAUUAAUUAUUAUCAUUUAUAUACCUAAAUAUGUAUUUAUUUAAAUUGCGAACAAACAACAGCUUUAAUUAAUAUAUGUUAUUACUUAUGUUGAAACAUAUGUGAUAACAGUACAGGCAUAAAGUGUAAUUGACAUUAUAUGUUAAUAAGUUCAUUUUCUUAUUUCUUCCUUUAAAGUUAAAAUAUAUAUAAGAAUUAAGUGAUGCUCCAGGUGAUACAAAUAAAUAAUAAUUCUUUGAUUUAAGACAAUUAUUGCUAGGAACUGUAUCCUCGCCUAAUAAAUUUAUUCGCUGCAAGGAUUGUAUUGUAGUAUUCUAGAAAAUAAAAUUGUUAAUAUAAUUUCAAAAAA